UGCUCUCUCAUAGGCUGGUGUGGCAAAGAGAAUCUAGGAGCUACAUGAGAAGUCCCCUUAUAACUAUCAGCAUCAGACUAGCUGUGACAGAACCAGGGUCUAACAGAACCAUUCACACACACAAACACAGAGCAUCCUGACAGUUUGCUGCCCUACACCUACAUCUGACAAGCUGCCAGACCAGGGAUUCAGGGGAUUCUCUGACAGUGUCUUACUGGUGGCCUGAAGCUCAGCCUCGGCUGUGAGAUCAACAUGCAAAGUUCCAGUCGCAGCCCAACAUGGGAUACAAAGGUGAUACUUCUUUCUUGUAACUAACAGAACCCUUGAAACUCACCUCUGAACUUCCUAGCAUCAUGGAGAACAGCAGUAAAUUUGACAGUCCCACCAAUAUCUCCUUAGCCAACAAUGACUUGGUUUACAGCAUGGUCGAGUAUAAAGUCAUCUCAGUGUUCCUGGUCUUGUUUAUCUGUGGGAUUGGUAUUAUCGGAAACAUCAUGGUGGUUCUGGUGGUGUUCAUCACACGAGACAUGAGGACACCUACCAAUUGUUACUUGGUCAGUCUGGCCGUGGCAGAUUUAAUGGUGUUGGUGGCGGCUGGAUUACCCAAUGUCUCCGACAGCUUGGCCGGCACAUGGAUUUAUGGUCACGCAGGCUGUUUGGGCAUAACAUACUUCCAGUAUUUAGGAAUCAACGCUUCCUCGUGCUCGAUCACUGCUUUCACAGUGGAAAGGUACAUUGCUAUUUGCCACCCAAUGAGGGCACAGACCGUUUGCACUGUGUCGCGGGCUAAACGUAUCAUUGCCGUAGUGUGGAUCUUCACGUCGAUUUACUGCAUGCUCUGGUUUUUCCUGGUCGAUAUACACGUUAACAAGACCCAGCAGGUGGAAUGUGGCUACAAAGUAUCCCGUAACCUCUACCUGCCCAUAUACCUGACGGACUUCGCUAUUUUCUAUGUUAUCCCGCUUUUCGUGGCCACAGUCCUGUAUGGCCUGAUUGGGAGGGUUCUGUUUCUCAGCCCCAUACCCCAUCAUCCUGAAAGCACUACCGAACGUUGGAGGGAAAAAAGCUCCAAGGAGAAAAAUGGCUCCCAAGCAGACACCAACAAAACUGCUAACCGACCCAGGCCCAAGGGGGCGCUCUCCUCCAGAAAACAGGUCACCAAGAUGUUAGCAGUGGUGGUGAUACUCUUUGCUCUUUUAUGGAUGCCCUAUCGGACCUUAGUUUUAGUCAACUCCUUCAUGAGUAACCCAUACCUGGACGCUUGGUUCCUUUUGUUUUGCCGCAUUUGCGUCUAUGCCAACAGUGCCAUCAAUCCUGUGAUUUAUAAUGUGAUGUCCCAGAAGUUCCGCACCGCCUUCAAGAGACUGUGCAAGUGUGGGCAUGAAGACACCCAAAGGAGGAGUAUGUACAUGACCACCAAUAGCUACAGCAUGGUUCGAGAUGCAAACAACACUGGAGCGGAGAAGAAAGACAAGGCUGUCCUACAGAAACCUGCGGUUCUAGCAAAACAGACCAGCAUUGGAGGAAUUGAAGGAGAACUUUACUACAGCGUCGUUUAACCUAUUUCUUUUAUGAUCUAAGUUGUGGUCUGUGUAACAUUGCAAAUGUGUUGCUGUUAAGUGGGAACAUUCCAUUCCAUCUGAUGUAGCGAAGCCAACAUUUUUAUGGCAAAAUCAAAGAAAAUGUCUAGUGGUUGUUCAUUGUGUUCCCGUGCUAUAUUACGCCAGGUUGGCCAAUGCCAUGGAAGUGGCAGGUGAAGUGGUUAAUUGUUAAAGCUUUGUUUGUAUCAUUUUGUGUGCAGAUAAGGCCACAAUCCUUAAUCCCUAAAAUUAGGAGAUUAUCUUCAUUCAACCACCAAAGUGGAUGUCAUUUAUUUAUCAAAUUACAAUACAUGCCAAAUCUUAUUUUUAAACGGCAAUUACAGCGGCCAUAUCUUUAAAGUAUCAACGUUUUUUUACCUGGCGACAAAAUAUAUGGGGUUCACACAGGAGACACCAGACCGAAAGAGAAUAAACCUACCAUCACAUGGCAUGUUAGUGUCUAUGAAUAGUAAAUAAUAAUAUAACUAACUGAGCCAUUGACGUCACAAAAAUGAUUUUCUUAAAAAAGGUUGUUGCUGUUGUUUAUACCAGCAAUAGCAUGUGUAAAUUAAGCACAUUAUAUGUCAAAAUUAACCAUCACAAUUUGAGUAAUAAAAGCAGACCUGCCGUAAGUAUUUUAAGGAUUUGUACAAUGGAGAACAUUAUUAAAAAAAAUUAAAAAGAAGAAAAUAUUCGGAAACUUGUUCAGUUUACAUGAUAUGCAAUUUUUUUUGUUUGUGUCAUUUACUUUUUUUGAGUGUAUCGUGGCAUAACCGGAAUUUUAAAAGGCCUUCCUUCAGUGCAACAGUUACCAAAGUUAAGGCCAGUUAUAGGUGUUGAAGGCUAUAUACGUGAAGAUCAUAGCUCGCUCAUCUUUUGUCCUAUAGAACAAUCUUGAAGUUGCAUCAUAGCAGUAUGAAUAUCAUAUGGUACAGAAGGAGCUGAGUCACAAAUAAAUCAUACUACCAUAUUUUCAUAUUUAGAACAGUUUGACUCCUUAUCUUGAGUCUGCGGGCACCGUUCCCUGCCUGCACUACUUCUUUUGAAGAGCUAUACAGGGCUUAGCUCACUGGCUGAGAUAAAUCAGCUGAUGCUCUCAGCCAAUGUGCUAGUCCUGCACUGCUGGGCUUAUAUUAGUAAAGCUACUGCCAGCACAACCACUACAGAGAGCUGUAGUGGUUACGGUGUUUAAAGUAUUUUUUUUAACAUUUAUUUAUAGCUAAACGUUCAGCAGUAACACUCAACCGGAUCUGAUCGCCCACAAGGAAACUUGUUCAACCCCAACUAUUUGGUCUUAAGUUUUGCUCUUCGGUGGUAAAUCUAUGUCAACUCACUAUUUAGUGAAUAAUUCCCUUGCACCAUAGCCCCAUUGUUGUAAUAAAGCAGCUUGCUGAUUUUGACAAUUGUAUGACAGUAUUUGCGGAAUCAAAAUGCGUUGUGUUUUCAAGUUAACAUUCACCACUCAGCUCAAAAAGUGUCCCUUUAAGACAACAAAAAAAAAACCCAGCAAUGCAAUGACAAUAAUGAGUUGAAUUCUCAAAGCUCUGUUGACCUCUGCUUGUAAAUCUGCACCCUUUAAUGAUCUGUGUGUGUAGGUAUUUUCUGUGCUACGUGUCCUGAUGUGAUCCAGUGAUUACAUUAUCUGAAAACAAGUGUUUUAAGAAAUUUAAAAAAAAUA